AUGAGCAGCCGUACGUCCUCUUCCAGACCCCCUCACGGCCAAGCCGGCCGCAGCAGCUCCUCCUAUACUCGAGGCCCGAGCCACUACGACGACGCAGAUGAGCUGGACCUCCUAGGCGACGACUCUCUGACCCGUCCAGCCGCCAGCCAUGGCAAUGCCGCCGACGACGACACAGCCACCAUUCUGCGCGAUGACCCCCUCCACUCCCCUGACCUCUCUCCCCCGCUGACCUUCAAGCGUAAGCACAAGCGCCCCAGUAGUGGCAGCGGUUUCCUCCUGGGUCCGGCCGCCCGUUUUUGGUCCGCAAUAUCCGGCACCACUGGCAGCCGUAGCGGUUACCGAUCGCAAGAAACCUACGAUCACCCAGCACAGGCUUCCCCCGACCAGGCCCCUACCGACCCGUCCUUCCGCCCAGGUUCCUCUGGCCUUACUAAAGACGCCCACAGCCUAGAAAGCUGGCACUUCGAAGGCCCGGUCCGGCGCGUCGGCUACGAAGACCUGACCGCCAUUGACUGGAUCUUCGAGUACACCAAAGAGCGUCAGCGCCAACGCUCCCUGCGCGCAAGCGCCACCUCCGCGGCAGCCGACUCCCCCAUCUUAGCGCUUCUCGGCUCCAUUCGCCUGUUACUUGAUGCCUCUCAGGUGUGGAUUGUGCUCGUGCUAAGCGGGAUCGCGGUCGGCGCGGUCGCGGCGGCAAUCGAUGUCGCGACAGACUGGUUGGCCCGGAAGAGAGAGGUGCUAUCAGCGGCCGCAGCCUCGGGCAUAUCCGUCGCCUUCGGCUCGCCCAUUGGCGGGGUGUUGUUCAGUCUUGAGACAAUGUGGCAGAGCUUCGUGUGUGCCAUGACGGCAGCCGUCGUGCUGCAAGCUUUUGACCCGUUCCGGUCGGGCAAGUUGGUCUUGUACCAAGUGACAUACAGCACCAGCUGGCACGGCUUUGAAUGGGUACCCUUCAUCCUCUUGGGCAUCCUAGGUGGUGUCUAUGGAGGCCUCUUCAUCAAGGCAAACAUGAAGGUGGCCAGGUGGAGAAAGUCAACUCCUUGGCUUCCUGGACCAGUGACUCAGGUCGUUCUCGUGGCCGGUCUCACCGCGAUCAUCAACUACCCCAACCACUUUAUGCGCUCUCAGAACUCUGACCUAGUCUCCAACCUGUUUUCGGAGUGCGGCAAGCUUUCGGAAGACUUGUUCGGCCUCUGUAAGACAGGAGCUGCAUCUGCCGGGACUAUCUUGCUACUUAUUCUAGCCGCCGUGUUGGCCUUCCUCCUAGCAGCCAUCACCUUCGGUCUUCAGGUCCCAGCCGGUAUUAUCCUGCCCUCCAUGGCCAUCGGCGCGCUGACCGGUCGUGCCAUAGGCAUCAUCAUGGAGAUCUGGCAACGCAACUACCCCGGCUUCAUCGCCUUCCGCACCUGCGAGCCCGAUAUCCCCUGCGUCACACCCGGCACAUAUGCUAUCAUCGGCGCCGCAGCCGCCCUCGGCGGCGUCACCCGCAUGACCGUCUCCAUCGUGGUCAUCAUGUUCGAACUAACCGGCGCCUUGACCUAUGUCCUCCCCAUCAUGGUGGCCGUGAUGAUAUCCAAAUGGGUCGGUGACGCCUUCUCCCGCCGCGGCAUCUACGAGUCCUGGAUCCAUUUCAACGAGUACCCCUUCCUCGACCACAGCGACGAAGCCACCACCCCGAUCCCGGACAUACCCGCGUCUCAGGUCAUGACCCGCGUCGAAGACCUUGUCGUCCUCACCGCCACGGGCCACACCAUCAACUCUCUCUCCGCCAUCCUCGAAUCCCAUCCCUACCGCGGCUUUCCCGUCAUCUCUGACCCGCGCGACGCCAUUCUGUUGGGCUACAUCUCCCGUGCCGAGCUUGAGUACACCCUCCACGCAGCGCGGCAUCCUCCGCGUUGUCUCCCCCCCGAAACGGAGGCAUUCUUCGUGGCCCCUCCCCUGGGCGCCGACCCCGCCGCGACGCUGGACCUCCGUCCCUGGAUGGACCAGACGCCGCUGACGCUGCCGAGUAGAUGUCGGCUGCACCUGGCGGUUAGUUACUUUCAGAAGCUGGGCUUGCGGUAUGUCUUAUUUACCGAGCGCGGGGCGCUGCAGGGCUUGUUGACGAAGAAGGAUGUGUGGUAUGUGCUGAACGGGGCGGAGGAGACAAGAAGGACGAGUGGGAUUGUCGGGGGUAUAGGAAGGGAUGGGGAGGAUGAAGAUGACAGGGUCGAGGGACCAAGGGGUGCAGCGAGGGAGGAUGGGGAGGGGGAGAGUGCCGGGUUGUUGAGGAGUGUCGGGUUGGCGGAUGAGAGGUCGAUGGUUAGUCCUAUUAGGGAUGGGGCGAGUAGUAUAUUGUAG